GCCUAAAUAACAGUAACGGGGGAAGAGAGGAGACGGAGGGAGCUUCUGAAAAAACAAAAAUUUAGAUUUCAGAGCACAAAUCCUUCAUAGUCUGAGAAAAAAUGGUGGCAGUGUUUAACAGAGAGCUAUUAAGUUGGUACCUCAUCACUGUUAAACUCAGGGAGACUGUAGAAGCUAACAUUCCAAAGUCACCUGGUUCUACCUCAUCACGCGACCUGCAAGGCGAACCAUCCCAACAGCAAAAGCCACAGCCAGAGUUGGAGAAGCAAGAACCCUCCUUUCCCCAUUUGGUAACAGUCAAUGGUGGAGGAGAAAAUCUAAAAGAAGAAGAAGAAGAAGAAGAAGAAGAAGAAGGGAAUCGGAAUGAAGAACCAGAGUUCGUGAUCUCCAUUAGAGAGAAGCUAGAGCAAGCACGUCAAGACCACGACGCAGCCUCAUGGGCCAAGCUCUGUAUCUACAAAGUACCAAGAAGCAUCCGGGAAGGCCACGAAUCCCAAAAGGCCUUCGUUCCCCAAACCGUUUCCUUGGGUCCAUACCAUCACGGUCGGGAGCACCUCCGAGACAUGGAGCAGCACAAAUGGCGAUCCUUCCACCAGAUUCUCAGGCGAACCCACCAGGACGCGAAUCUCUACCUCAAGUCCAUCGGGGAGCUCGAGGAGAAGGCUCGCGCCUGCUACGAAGGCCCAAUCCCUCUCACCAGCCACGAAUUCGUGGAGAUGUUGGUUCUCGACGGUUGCUUCGUGCUCGAAUUCUUCCGCGGCGCCGCCCAAGAUUUCAAGCAUCUGGGUUAUUCACGCAACGAUCCGGUCUUCGCAUUUCGGGGAGUUAUGCAUUCAAUUCAGCGCGAUAUGAUCAUGUUGGAGAAUCAAAUCCCUCUUUUUGUACUCGAUCGUCUUCUAGGUCUCCAAAUUGGUGAGCCUGACCAGAGAGGACUAGUGGCGAAACUCGCCCUCCGAUUCUUCGACCCAUUAACGCCAACAGACGAGCCGCUAAGGGAGCGCGAUAUGAACAAAUUGGAGUCAUCGGUAACUCAUAUUACCAGUACCCCAUUCGAUCCCUUGUCCGAUCAGACCGGCCUCCACUGCCUGGACGUUUUCCGGCGAAGCCUCUUACGGAAAGGACCCACACCCGAACCACCGUCGGCGUCAAGGAAAUGGAUGAAAUGGAGAUCUCAGGCGGUGAGAGUGGCGGACAAGCGGCGGCAGCAACUGAUCCACUGCGUAACAGAUUUGAAAGAGGCAGGAGUCCAAUUCAAAAAGAGGAAGACGGAUCGGUUCUGGGAUAUCAAAUUCGAGAAUGGGAUUUUAUGGAUACCUAGAUUGUUGAUCCACGAUGGAACCAAAUCGCUUUUCCUGAACCUUAUAGCAUUCGAACAGUGCCACUUGGACUGCGGCAACGAAAUCACAUCGUACGUGAUCUUCAUGGACAAUCUUAUAAACUCGCCGGAGGAUGUGGCGUACCUCCAUUACUGCGAUAUCAUUGAGCAUUGGCUGGGAAGCGAUGCAGAGGUGGCGGAGUUGUUCAAUAGGUUGUGUCAGGAGGUGGUGUAUGAGAUUGACAAGAGUGAACUGUCUCGGUUGUCGGAGAAGGUGAACCGAUACUGCAACUACAGGUGGAAUUCAUGGAGGGCAAGCUUGGCGCAUAAUUACUUUAAUAACCCUUGGGCUAUCAUCUCUGUCUUCGCUGCUAUCUUCUUGUUGCUUCUCACUUCAGCACAGACCUUUUACAGCGUUUAUGCAUACUACAGGCCCUGAAAGAGAGUCCAGGUCAGCCAUCAGCUGCACAUUUGGCAUACUUUGUUAGUCAACACGUGUCCCAGGUCUGAUGAAGUGGUUUUUUCUCUUAUUCUGUUUAGGCCAAAGUAUGGGGACGGGGUUGUAACUAUUUAUUUGUUUCUUUGUUUUUUUGGUAAGAGCAAUGCGUAAACAUAGCUAAGAAAACUUACAAUUA